AUGACACAACGAAAUUUUCCCCCUUCGUUCUGGGACCCGCACAUAUGUAAUACGCUAUCGAACAGCUACCUGGAUUCUAAUCCGCUCCCGUUCAAUACGUCAAAUCCUUACCUAAGUUCGGCCACCCUCCACGGUAUCUCCAGUCUACAUCAGGUGGCUGCUGCUAGCCCCUGGCAUUAUCCUAUUUCGUCCCACUCUCAAGGUUCGUAUCAUCGGCCCAGCCCAGCGACGCACAUGCACUACGACUUCUCAUAUUCGUCGAUGGCUGCGGCAGCCGCAGCGGCAGCUUCGAGUCGAUUCUCGAACACCCAUGGACAGUACAACCCUUUGAUUAUGUCACACCAUCCGGUAGCGACGGCCUCGCAGCCGGCCACUGCGACUGCCAUGCGCUCGGCCUCAGGACCUUUUAACUCUAUGCCGGGGCAGCAUUGCGACAUAUCAGGCAAAUCGGCUGCCGAUUUGCCGACGACGGCAAGACGUUUUGUUGAAUACCCGUCACAUACAAAUCUGGAACCAGUCCUGACAGGUAAGAUCGCCUUCUUAUCUUUUACUCUGUUCCUCCUACUUUUGUUUUUACUUCCACUCACUCACUCACUCACUCACUCACUCACUCACUCACUCACUCACUCUUUGCUUUCUCUCAUUCAGUUUUUUCAAUUCACUCUCUUUCUCUUACCUUUCUGUAUCUCGAUAUCGUCUGCUAUUUUUUACCGCUUUAGUCUGUCUUUGUACCUCCUUUUCUUUCUUUGUCUUUCUUUCUUCCUUUUUGUUCUUUCUUUCUCUGCGUUGCGUGAUUCUUUCAUGCUUUCUCUCUCUCUCUCACUCACCCCCUCACACAAAGAUACAGAGACUUUCCUUUGA